CGAGUAAGUUUUGGAACGCACCCCAGAAAUGUGAAUAGCGACAGCUCUAGAAGAAAACAUUUAAAAAAAAUCAUAAUCACACACAACAACACUGUGUCUUUAGAAAUAUUAGAGGGAUAUUAGCUGUAUUUGCUACUGCAUUGAUCUUCGCAAGAGGACAAAUGCCUAAUUGAAAGAAAAAGAAGAAGAUUGUAUAAUUCUAACUACCAAAUAACCUACAAAUAUCUUUGUAUCUUGAGUAUGUCUAAGGAACCAAAUACCGUAUGCCAAAAGAUCAAAAGGAAAGAUUGAAGGCACUCUAAUAACUUGUUUGCCCGAAGGAGAAUAUAUAAAAAAAAAUUUGUGUCUUGAGGAAAUUUAAGAAAAAUGUUUAGUGCGGGUAGAAAUUGCUUCGUGCGAGUCACGAGGACUGCUAAAAAUUUGCACCUAGCCAGUCAGAAGUCCAUACCUUUAAAGCCUGAGCUUAAAACUUUACCAAUUUUCCAAUAUCCGAUAAGUCGAGAGGAUGACCGUAGAGUAUAUGUAUGGGGUCUUGCGGAGCAUGGUGCUCUUGGAGAAACGCGAGCAUUAAAAAAGAGCCAAAUCUCGUAUCUCUCAAAACCAAAAAGACUGCCCUUUGCUGAGCGACACAAGGUGAUAGAUAUCGCUUGUGGAUAUGGCUUUACAGUUUAUGCUGUACAUUCUUCAGAUAAGAAUAUCGUUUAUGGGACUGGCAUAAAUACGGAUUCGCAACUUGGUUACAACCUUGAUGAGAAGUUUCCCAAUAUGGUAUUUAAUCCAAGACCGAUAGUUUUGCCGUUACGGGAUACAUCAACUAAAGUUAUAAACAUGGCUGCUGGAAGAGCGCACUUAUUAAUAUUAACAACAGAAGGUCUGUUUACAUUGGGUAAUAAUGCAUAUGGUCAAUGUGGUAGGCCAAUAAUAUUGAAUGAGAAUUACGAGAAAAGUACGGUCGUGCAUUGUAUACCUGACAUUAAAAAAAAAAUUGUUGCAGUGACAGCUGGUCAAGAUCACAGCAUACUCUUGACAGAGACAGGUGAAGUGUACACAUUUGGCUGGGGCGCGGAUGGACAAACAGGUCUUGCCCACUAUCAAAAUGAACACCGACCAAGUUUAGUAAAAGGUGAUCUGGCAGGACAGCGUAUAACCAAAGUUGCCUGUGCUGCUGAUUGUGUACUAGCUCUUAGUGAUAAAGGAAGAGUAUAUGGCUGGGGUAAUUCGGAGUACGGUCAGUUACCAAUCAGAGAAGAUAGUUAUCAAGUAAACAUUGCUACGGAAUUAGAUACACAAGAAUUGGGACAUAUUGUAGACAUUGCGGCAGGUGGAUGUUUUUGCAUGAUCUUAAAUAAUGAUGGUAAUGUCUAUGUAUGGGGAUAUGGCAUACUCGGUCUUGGACCUCAAGUGCAAAAAAUAUCAAAACCAACCAUGAUUCCUCCUACAUUGUUUGGUAAUAAUGUGUACAAUCGUAAUGUCAAGGUAACAAAUAUAUAUUGUGGGAUUAGUCAACUUGCGGCACUAACCAACACAGGAGAUUUAUACAUGUGGGGUUGCAAUAAAUUUGGAUCUUUGGGAUUAGGACAUACGAAGGAUCAAUUUUUUCCAUUAAGGGUAAAUAUUAUAUUUUACAAAUAAAAUACGAGUAAAA